UUCAAAACAAAAUGUCUGACACAGAAGAAGUCAUUGAGGAGGAAGUUCAGGAGGAAGAAGUGCAAGAAGAAGUGACAGAUGAGUCCAAGCCCAAGCCUAAGUUUAUGACAAAUAUUACGGCCCCAAAGAUCCCUGAUGGUGAAAAAGUGGAUUUUGAUGACAUCCACAGGAAGCGUCAGGAGAAGGAUCUGUCUGAGCUGCAGUCUCUGAUCGAGGCUCACUUCAUCCAGAGGAAGAAAGAGGAAGAGGAGCUUAUUGCCCUCGUCCAGAGAAUUGAGAAGCGUCGUGCUGAGAGAGCGGAGCAGCAGAGGAUCCGGGCAGAGAGAGAGAAGGAGAGGCAGGCCAGACUUGCGGAGGAGAAGGAGAGGAAGGAGCAGGAGGAGCAGCGGAAGAAGCAGGAUGAAGAUGCCAAGAAGAAGAAGGCCCUCACAAACAUGACCCACCAGUACAGCGGCAUGCAGCAGAAGAGUGAGAACAGAAGGGGAGCCAAGAAGCAAACGGAGAGGGAGAAGAAGAAGAAGAUCCUGGCCGAACGCAGGAAACCCCUCAACAUUGACCAUCUAAAUGAGGAAAAACUCAAGGAGAAGGCUACUGAGCUGUGGAAGUGGAUGAUGGAGCUGGAGGCUCAGAAGUUUGACCUGUCUGAGAAACUCAAAAGGCAGAAGUAUGAUAUUAACCAGCUUCUCACUCGGGUCCAGGACCACCAGAGUGCCAAAGGUCGUGGCAAGGGCAAGAUGAGUGGCCGCCUGAGGUAAAGGAACUGCCAGUCAAGGAGGCAG